AUGUCAACCACUUCCACCGAGGGCACUCUCACGCGCUGGUACAUCGACACGCGACAGCUCAGCGAGACCACCGAGGCUCUUCCUCUCAUCGAGACUCUACAGGAAGAAAACCAAACCGCAGCAAAGAAAUACUUCCGUUUGCCGGACCGGCAUAUGUCGCUCGCCUCGAGUCUGCUCAAGUACUAUUACAUUCAUCGCACAUGCCGUAUCCCCUGGAGCCAAGUCACGAUUAGCCGGACGCCCAAACCGCAUCAACGGCCAUGUUUCAUCCCUUCGUCGCAGGCCAGGGCUGAUGGGACGCUGAUUCCUGCGAUUGAGUUCAAUGUCAGCCACCAGGCGUCUCUAGUCGCGCUGGCAGGGUGCAUCAGCUCGUCUAAUAUAGCAAAAGAAGAAGAUACUGCGCAGGCCCUCUUUGGCACACCGCAGCCAUCAGCAGCGCCCAUCCCAUCAAUACCGCAAGUGGGAAUUGACAUCACAUGCGUCGACGAACCAGGACGCCGCCGCGACAAAGGCCCCAGGUCAGCCAAAGAACUUUCUGACUUUGUGAAUAUCUUUAGCGAAGUAUUUUCCCAACGAGAACUGAACACGAUAAGCCAACUUGCCCAAAACUCAACGGAACCACUAGAAACACAAAUCAAAGCCCGACUCAGGGUAUUCUAUGCCUACUGGGCGUUGAAAGAGGCAUAUAUCAAGAUGACAGGCGAAGCCCUGCUAGCACCCUGGCUGCGAGAGCUGGAGUUUACGAAUGUCGUUGCGCCGAGUCCGGUAGCAAGCUAUUCUGCAUCGAACAAAUGGAGCGCUCCAUACACGGGUGUUGAGACGUGGUUGUCUGGAAAAAGGGUCGACGAUGUGAGGAUCGAGCUUGUUGCGUUUGAGAAGGAUUAUAUGGUUGCUACAGCUGCCCGGGGCGGCGAGUUUGGCAUCUCUGGGGCUUCGAAUCAACCAGAUCCUUGGCAGAAGUUGGUCAGGAUUGAUUUAGAGGAGGAUGUUCGGCCGUGUGCGACUGGGACAUGCACGUGUUUGGGUGAAUAG